UGGGCGGGCGUGUUCAGCGCGGCCACCGGGGAGGGCCAGGAGAAGCGCUCCCCCGCCACCACGGCGCUGUGCCUCUUCAGGAUGAGUGAGAUCCAGGCGCGCGCCAAGAACUGCCGGCGGGACUUCUGGUCCCCGGAGCCCAACUGCAAAGAAGAUCAACCCGAGAAAGUGCAGCCAAUCGCGUCCUCUACCAUGAUCCAUUCCGACCUGACAUCUGUUUAUGGCACCGUGGUGAUGAACAGAGCUGUUCUGUUCCUGGGGACUGGAGACGGCCAGUUACUUAAGGUUAUUCUUGGUGAGAAUUUGACCUCAAAUUGUCCAGAGGUUAUCUAUGAAAUUAAAGAAGAAACACCUGUUUUUUACAAACUCGUUCCGCAUCCUGAGAAGAAUAGCUACAUCUAUCUAACAGCUGGAAAAGAGGUGAGGAGAGUUCGAGUUGCAAACUGCAAUAAGCACAAGUCCUGUUCGGAGUGCCUAACAGCGGCGGACCCUCACUGCGGCUGGUGCCAUUCGCUACAGAGGUGUACUUUUAAAGAUGAUUGUGUACAUUCAGAGAACUCAGAAAACUGGCUGGAUAUUUCAUCAGGAGCUAAAAUGUGCCCCCAAAUCCACAUCUCUCAAAGAAGUAAAGAUAAGAUUACAGUGACAUUAGUGGGAAGCAUCUCUCCAAGACACUCGGGGUGCAUGGUGAAGAACGUGGACACUGGCAGGGAGCUCUGCAAAAGUGCGCCCAAUGAGAGCUGCACCUGCAGCAUGCUGACCGCAGCAUCCUACAAAGAUGUUUUAGUUGUCGACGUGACGUUCUCCUUCGGUUCUUGGCAUUUAUCAAAAAGAUUCAACUUUACCAACUGCUCGUCAUUAAGAGAAUGCCCAGCGUGUAUUGGAACUGGCUGUGCUUGGUGUAAAAGUGAGAGAAAGUGUAUCCACCCCUUCACGGCCUGCAGCCCUUCUGAUUACGACAGAAACCAGGAACCUUGUCAAGUUGCUGUUGAGAAGCCGGAACCAUCCAAGACAGCAGGAGGAGGCGGGUUCGAGGGGAAUAAGAUGAACAGAACCAACCAGGGCAGGCAGGUCUUCUCUGUUAAGUCCAUUGAGCCACAGAAAAUAUCAACCUUAGGGAAAAGUAACGUGAUAGUCACAGGAGCAAACUUCACGCGGGCGUCUGAUAACAUCGUCAUGAUCCUGAAAGGAACCAGUACUUGUGAUAAGGAUGUAGUACGGGUGAGCCACGUGCUAAAUGACACCCACAUGAAAUUCUCCCUGCCAUCAAGCCGGAAAGAGAUGAAGGAUGUGUGUAUCCAGUUCGACGGCGGGAACUGUUCUUCCGUGGGGUCCUUGUCUUACAUCGCUCUGCCGCGCUGUUCCCUCAUCUAUCCUGCUACCACCUGGAUCAGUGGUGGUCAAAAUAUAACCAUCAUGGGCAGAAAUUUUGAUGUAAUUGACAACUUAAUCAUUUCACAUGAGCUAAAAGGAAACAUAAACGUCUCUGAACAGUGCGUGGCGACUUACUGCAGUUUCUUAGCACCCAGUUUAAAGAGUUCAAAAGUGCGUACAAAUGUGACUGUGAAGCUGAAAGUUCAGGAGACCUACUUGGAUUGUGGAAGCUUGCAGUACCUCGAGGACCCCAGGUUUACAGGGUAUCGGGUUGACCCCGAGGUGGACACAGAAUUGGAAGUAAAAAUUCUGAAAGAAAAUGACAACUUCAACAUUUCCAAGAAAGACAUUGAAAUUACUCUCUUCCAUGGGGAAAAUAAGCAGUUAAAUUGCAGCUUUGAAAACAUUACUCGAAAUCAAGAUCUCACCACCAUCCUCUGCAAAAUUAAAGGCAUCAGAGCUGCAAGCAGCAUUGCCUCCUCGUCCAAGAAAGUUCACGUCAAACUGGGAAACUUGGAGCUCGAUGUCGAGAAGGAAUCAGUUGCUUCCCCUCUGUACUUUCUGAUUGGCCUUCCCAUCUUGCUCGUCAUCGUCAUCUUUGCAGUGGCCGUGGGGGUGACCAGACACAAGUCGAAAGAGCUGAGUCGCAAGCAGAGCCAACAACUGGAGCUGCUGGAGAGCGAGCUCCGGAAGGAGAUCCGCGAUGGCUUUGCUGAGCUGCAGAUGGAUAAAUUGGAUGUGGUUGAUAGUUUUGGAACUGUUCCCUUCCUUGACUACAAACAUUUUGCUCUGAGAACUUUCUUCCCCGAGUCAGGUGGCUUCACACACAUCUUCACUGAAGAUAUGCAUAACAGAGAUGCCAAUGACAAGAAUGAGAGACUCACAGCUUUGGAUGCCCUCAUUUGUAAUAAAAGUUUCCUUGUUACUGUCAUCCACACCCUUGAAAAACAGAAGAAUUUUUCAGUGAAGGACAGGUGUCUGUUUGCCUCCUUCUUAACCAUCGCACUGCAAACCAAGCUGGUCUAUCUGACCAGCAUCCUGGAGGUACUGACCAGGGACCUGAUGGAACAGUCCAGUAACAUGCAGCCGAAACUCAUGCUGAGGCGCACUGAGUCCGUGGUUGAAAAACUCCUCACAAACUGGAUGUCCGUCUGCCUUUCUGGCUUCCUGCGGGAGACUGUUGGAGAGCCGUUCUAUUUGUUGGUGACGACUUUAAACCAGAAAAUAAACAAGGGUCCCGUAGAUGUGAUCACGUGCAAAGCCCUGUACACCCUUAACGAAGACUGGCUGCUGUGGCAGGUCCCGGAAUUCAGCACUGUGGCGUUAAACGUCGUCUUUGAAAAAAUCCCGGAAAACGACAGUGCAGAUGUCUGUCGGAAUAUUUCAGUCAAUGUUCUUGAUUGUGAUACUAUAGGCCAAGCCAAAGAAAAGAUUUUCCAAGCAUUCCUCAGCAAAAACGGCUCUCCUUAUGGACUUCAGCUGAAUGAGAUUUGUCUUGAGCUUCAGGUGGGCAUGCGGCAGAAAGAACUCCUGGACAUCGACGGCUCCUCCGUGAUCCUGGAAGACGGAAUCACCAAGCUAAACACCAUCGGCCACUACGAGAUAUCAAAUGGAUCCACUAUAAAAGUCUUUAAGAAGAUAGCAAAUUUUACUUCAGAUGUGGAAUACUCGGAUGACCACUGCCAUUUGAUUUUACCAGAUUCGGAAGCAUUCCAGGACGUGCAAGGAAAGAGACAUCGAGGGAAGCACAAGUUCAAAGUAAAAGAAAUGUAUCUGACAAAGCUGCUGUCGACCAAGGUGGCAAUCCACUCUGUGCUUGAAAAACUUUUUAGAAGCAUUUGGAGUUUACCUAACAGCAGAGCCCCGUUUGCUAUAAAGUACUUUUUUGACUUUUUGGACGCCCAGGCUGAAAACAAGAAAAUCACUGAUCCUGAUGUCGUACAUAUUUGGAAAACAAACAGCCUUCCUCUUCGCUUUUGGGUCAACAUCCUGAAGAACCCCCAGUUCGUUUUUGACAUUAAGAAGACGCCGCACAUAGAUGGCUGUCUGUCAGUGAUCGCCCAGGCAUUCAUGGACGCGUUUUCUCUCACGGAGCAGCAACUCGGGAAGGAAGCACCAACUAAUAAACUUCUCUAUGCCAAGGAUAUCCCAACCUACAAAGAGGAAGUAAAAUCUUAUUACAAAGCAAUCAGGGAUUUGCCUCCAUUGUCACCUUCAGAAAUGGAAGAAUUCUUAACUCAGGAAUCUAAGAAACAUGAAAAUGAAUUUAAUGAAGAAGUGGCCUUGACAGAAAUCUACAAAUACAUCGUAAAAUAUUUUGAUGAGAUUCUAAAUAAACUAGAAAGAGAACGAGGGCUGGAAGAAGCUCAGAAACAACUCUUGCAUGUAAAAGUCUUAUUUGAUGAAAAGAAGAAAUGCAAGUGGAUGUGAGCACUGGCUUAAUCUGGCAAAGUUCUUCAGACGACCUGGGAGCAAAAUGGCUGCUUGAGCUACUCUGUGUCGUUAAUUUUUUAAGUUUGCACAUAGGUUCCAUUCUGAGCACUGUCUGUAAGAGACCAAGGCACAUGCACAGCUUUUAGAAAGCAUACCAACUAUUGUGCCUGUGUGUGUACAGGGAACCCUUCUGUAAAUAGAGCUGAAGUGGUUGUUGCAAACAGCCUCCUUGUUUACAGAGAAUACGGGGCCAGUAAGCAAGUGUCAGUAUUGUAACUACAGUCUCCACUUAAGCACAAUGAUACAAGUGGUUUUGUUUGAAAACUAGUUAUGUACCACUUGUGACUACACUGCAGCUCUGCAGAAGAGGGACGCUGCCAGUGAUCGAAACAGAAUGUGAAAGGAGUACAUUGGAAACAAGGUGGAGGUGUUAGGGCAACCUGGAAGGUUCGCAGCAUUGAAACUUUCCCCAGCAGUUCUUGGAAAAGCUGGCUGCAGAAUUUGGUAGUGUGUACACUUAGCAUUUGUGAGUGUGUGCGUGUGUGUUUUUAAACCAAAAACUAACAGUGUUGCAACAUUGUUGAAAGGGCUGUGUUUUUCAGUGGUCACUCCAUCCACCUCGCCUCCAUUUCACUAAGGGACUCUAAAGCAAGGAGCAACAGGCUUCAUGGAAAUGCAACAGCAUUUUACCCAGACACUUUGUCUCAUUUUAUUUUUUGCAAACUAAAUGUAUUUGAUGGUGGACAUGGUGGAUGUUUAAGAAAAAUCAUUAGUUAACUUCGAUCAGAUCUGUGGAAGAGUAACUCACUCCCCUAAUCCUACAGUUCUAUCCUAGUGUCUCCUUGCUUUAGAGUUCUAGUGAACCCUGUGGUUAUAAAUACUUGUGUGUGAUUCAAAAAAAAAAAAA